CCGAUCAACUCAGAGCAGCGAAGGUCUCACAGUCGAACAACCAGCGAUUGCCAGUUCGUGUUACAAGAAGAUUUGGACACAUUUAAUGCUGUGAGAUGAAUGCGUGGCAAUAGUUUUGGCAUUGCUGAUGUCGACGGCGCUGAAAUAAAUAAAGAGAAAUUAAGAAAAUACACCCGGAGAGCCCCGUAACUCGGGGUUGAACAUUUCACUCCCUUUUUCCCCGUUGGAGCAAUACUGUAAAAUGGAGAAUCUGCACCCCCACUGCCUCAAAUGCAUCAACAGAAGAUGCAUGGUAAGACCAGAGACGGGUGUUUCAUGCGACCUCAUCGGCUGUCCUCUUGUCUGCGGGGCAGUUUUUCACUCGUGCAAGCUAGAGGAACAUCGUCUACUGUGUCCGUAUGAACGGCUGCCAUGCCUAAACAGUGGGUUUGGCUGUCCCUUCACCAUUGCAAGGAUCAAGAUGGCACAACACCUAGAGACUUGCCCAGCAAGUAUAGUAUGUUGUACUAUGGAGUGGAACCGCUGGCCUGUGAGCUAUGCCGAUCGCAAGUCCUAUGAAAACUUGAGUAAAGACUUUGAUGAGGUGGAGCAGCUAGACAUGGCCUUGGCACUGCAGGAUCAGAGGAUGUUGUUAGAGUCCCUGAAGGUCACGACCACUGUGUCAAAGAAUGGAGAUAAAGAAGCAGAUGAAAGUGACAAGAUGGCCACAGCAUCAAGUUUACCUGAGACAGUGUUAGGUAAUGGAACAGUGGAAAUGGAAGAAGAGCCCUAUACUGAGUUGUAUAGUGCCUCAGUGGAGACGAGCAGAAGUUUUGCAGUGGCCUUGGACAUCCUGACUAAUUCCAAGGGUAUUGAUGCAAUUGUCGGAAAUCUAAAUGGGGAAAAGACUGAUAAGACUGCAGCACUCCACAAUGGAGAAAAUGGUGAUAGUCAUAAUGUUUAUGUUGCUGAGGGUGGGAAGAAUGUAGAUAUGCAAGAGAGUGACUCUGAUUCAGAGUGUGAGCUCGGAGCGGUAGGGGGAGUCGAUUGCGCAGUGGGGACAGAUGGAGUAGAAGAGGGUAUUGGCUGGGCAGAAGGAAAUGAUUUUGUAGAGUUGCUUUUUGAAGAAAAGGAAGAUAUUAUUGAGGAGCCAAUAAAUGAUUCCAACCUCGUCUGGCCAGAGAUGCCUCAGAACUACGUGCCUGUUGUAGCUCUGGGGCCUCCUGUGCCUCAACAAGCACCACUUCCACCUCCAAUGCCAUUCCUGCUGUCUGAUCAUGUGAGAAAUAACUUCUUGCAACACUUACCUACUGAACUCAGGUAUAGGUGCUUGGAGCGUAAACUACAGAAUGUAGAAGUCCUUAGAGGUAUAAGUAUGUUUACAUUUAAUGGGCGCCGGGCUCUGCUGUCAGAUCCUUACUUGUUUCGAGCAAAGAUGGAGGACAAGGCAGUUGACACAUCUGAUCUGGAGGUAGCUGAUGACCCCAUGGGCCUUCACGGCAUCGAUCUCAUCACUGCAGCUUUGCUCUUUUGCCUCGGCGAUUCUCCAGGAGGCAGAGGCAUCUCAGACAGCAGAUUUGUCGAUGGCUACCACAUUGAUUUUGGUACUCAGACGUUCUCUUUCCCUUCCGCCAUUCUUGCAACCAACACCAUGGUGGGGGACAUCGCUUCAGCUUCGGCCUGUGAUCACGCCAGUCCACAGCUGUCCAACCCCAGCCCCUUCCACACUCUUAGGCUGGACCUGGUGCUCGAAUGUGUGGCUCGAUACCAAACCAAACAGCGCUCCAUGUUCACUUUUGUGUGUGGGCAGUUGUUCCGUCGGGAUGAGUUCUCAUCUCAUUUCAAAAAUGUUCACGGGGAUAUCCACGCUGGACUCAAUGGCUGGAUGGAGCAACGCUGCCCCUUAGCCUAUUAUGGCUGCACCUACUCCCAAAGACGAUUCUGCCCGUCUGUACAGGGCUUCCGAAUCAUCCACGACAGGCACCUCGGCUCUUUUGGGGUUCAGCCUGGACUGCCUUUAAAAACUGGGGGCAGCCUCCCAAGAAACCGCAGCAACUUUGGCUCUCAGUGCGAUCAGUUCAGCAGUCUUCCAUUCGAGGUGUUGCAACACAUAGCAAGCUUCCUGGACAGCUUCAGCUUGUGCCAACUAUCCAGAGUGUCCCGCACCAUGAGGGAUGUGUGUGCCAGUCUGCUCCAGAUGCGUGGCAUGGUCGUCCUGCUGUGGGAGAAGAGACGGCGUGCUGAUGGGUCUCCGUCAUGGCAGAUCACAGAUAAGGUGUGGCGAUUCAGCACAGCUUUCGGUACAGUGAAUGAGUGGAAGUUUGCCAACAUCGCCAGCAUGGCCGACCACCUCAAGAAGUGCAAGUUCAAUACGAUUGCUCGUCGGGAGGAGGCCAUCCCUCUGCCGUGCAUGUGUUUCACCAGAGAGCUCACGAAAGAGGGGAGGUGUUUACGUUCAGUUCUCAAACCAGUAGCAUAAAUCACCUUGGUUGACAUUUCUGAGACCAUCAGAACUCCAGUACUCCCUAUACUUUUUCCCUCCAGUGUUUACAGACAUUAGUCUCUUCCAGCCUCAAAAAGAUCAAAAACUCCUGGUUGGAUGUUAUAAACUGCUGGUUGUUCUUAGCUGCACAGUUGGAAAAAAAAAAAUCUUCACUCAUCAAUAAAUAAGACAAAGCCAGUAGCUGGCUGAUUCAUAUUUUAGCAGAGGCUGACAUACUGCAAUCACAAAUCAGGAUUGUAACAAGCAAAUGUAAGUGCUAGCCUUGUACACACUGAUGGAUUUAGUAAUACCAUUGUAAUGAAGUUCUACCAUAAUCUACUCUGACAUUGUGUUAAUAAUCAGAUGUUUUGAUGUAGAUUUUUUUUAUUUUUAUAUUGACAGUUCAGUGCUGUGCUACUUUGGAGGUAAGAGUAGAGCCUUAAACUUGUGAUACACUUGAUUUUCUAGUCUUGGGGUUGUUGAAAACAUCUCAGUGAGAUUUCUCAACUGCUUCUUGCUGGAACAGUUUACCGGUAUCUUGCACGGUUUUACAGCUUAUCCUGAUACCUAGAGUGACUGUGUGUGUGUACGGCUUAGAGCUCAUAGAUUUCUUGGCUUUAACUCUACUCAUUUUAAGACUGACCAAACAUCUGUGGUAACCUCUGCACAGUGUAUGCCUUUAUACAGUAUAAUCAGACUGUAUCACUGUGGGAGUUGAGUUCUGUUCACCAGCAAAAGCAUGUCACCAUCAUCGUGUUUGGUGUUUAAACGCACUGAAGUUAUGGCAGUAACAAAGGUGGUCCAUCUUGUUCCGUUCUUCUGUCACCUCUGACUAACGGGCUGGCGUGUUAGUCAGGAUGAGGUAUAACACUAUUCACCAGCCAAAUGGCAGUGCGUCUUUAGCUGUGGUUGGCUUGUGGUUUGUCUUUUCUACCAGCUACUUUUAUAAGCAACCAGCAAUUGUUGUUGUGGGUUCUUUUCUCCAAAAAUCUAAAUGUAGCAAGUAAAAUAAUGAAUGUACCCAGUGAAUAUAAGAAUCCAUCAGUGACUGUCGGUAGUGAGCAGGAAGCUUGGUCUCCUUCCCUCAGUGUCAGACCUCAUGAAACCCUGCAGGCCAGGUGUUUAGAACUUUAGUGGGCACACACUUCCCUCCAGUAACGAGCAUCACUAAUUACAGUAUGUUCACAUUCAUUAUUUAUCACGUUUGUAUGUUUUUGGCACUACAUGUCCACUGUGUUGGUGUUGGUGUCUCAGGGUUGCAGCAUGAAGCGUUGUCUCGCAGUAGAUUGUGUGUGUAGACUCCCCGAAAAAUUGCUCAUAGCGAUACAACAACGACUCGUCGGCUGCUUGAUUAUUGUGGGGUCUUAGAACUGACUGGUGUACCACUCAGUAUUAUUAUUAUAACAUAACAGUGUGUGUUGCAGUGCUGGACUAACAAAAUACAUGUUUUUGUGUGGAGCCCGACCGGUUUAUCAGUGUCAGGUGUACAUGUUGUCUGGUAUGCGCCAAAAUGAAAACUUUUUUUUAUACAGAACACAGUAGAGAAGAGAAUGCCUGGGGUAUUUUAGAAAUCCUGUAAUCAUAUAGUUUGUUAAUCAGAGCACAGUCUGACUCCAUUGUUUACAAUACUCUCAGCACCGUCUGCAGCACAUGUAGCACAGUAUGCAUCACAGCUGACAGUGGUGUGUGUGUGUAUAUAUAUAUAUAAAAAAAUCGGCAUUGGUCCCAAAUAUCCAGUAUCGGUUGGGCUCUAUUUUCUUGUUCGUCAUUGUUGUGUUAAUUAUUGAGUAAGUGAAAUAGGCUGUCAGCAAAAAAGCUUUUAAAACAUGGAGUGAUCAGGCUCGUUUGGAUUAAGUAAUAAGGUCUAACAACACGUGAACAUGACAUAUUUUCCUCCACUAAAUGAGAAAAUGGGUUGAAAAUGUCACAGAAAAGUAAUGGAUUACUGGCAAGGAAAAAAUAUUCCCUUGAAAAGAUUGUGUGUUUUUAUUGGGUUUUUUUUAUAUAAUUUUGAAGUUUGACAUAAAGCCCAAGCAAUGUUUGGACUGUCUUUUUACUCUAAUAAGUCCCAAUCUAUGUUUGGUUUAUUUCUUUUUUUUUUUUUGUACUGGUACUUUUAUUUGGAAAGAGAAAAAAAUCUGCCUCUGUAAUGUCUCGAUUUGUAUUUGAAUUAUUGAUUUGCACAUGAAAGCAUGUACUGUAAAAUUUUAAUCAUGAUGCGGAGGGGUUUCCUUUGCUCAAGCAGCAGGAAUUUUACUCCCUUGUGUUUUGCAUGUGAGUUUUAUAUCUUUGGAAAAUGUAUUGGUUACUCCAGUUGCAGAUUCAUUUAUACAGCUGAUUUCUCAGGCACAGUGCAUCAGUUUAGUACAUUUUCUUAGGAGCUGUUACAUGUUUUAAAACCUUGUGUCAUGAUAAAUUUCAUCCAGAUCUGGUAGCAUGCCUCAUUCCACAGGUUUUGAUCUUUUUAAAUUGAUGAAGUGGAAUGGGGGGCUGUAGCAUUAAAUCAGUCUUUUGCUCCUCUGAGGUUCAUACAACUUUAAGAACAAUGUUAUUAUUAUUUUUAAACAAUGCAGACAAGUUUAGCAGGCACCUGGGGUGUAUCAACAUUUUCAUCAGUUUUAAGUUUUGUUUCCACUCCUGCUAAAGUGUGUGUUUUUUUUCCCACCACCACAAUAUGUCAGCUUCAUUUGUUUGGCCUUUGAAGCAUUUUAAUAAUAAAGAGGCUCUCGGUUUUUAA